AUGGUGUUUGCAGAGCGACGAGGUAUUGUAUUUCUCGAAGAUGGCGAGUGUGUCAACGUUGCUGAUGACUUGUGCGAGUUUCUUGCUGACUGCAGCCACGAUUGGAAAUGCCUUCAUUCAGAAGAAACAAUUCUAUCCAGCAGUUGUCUACAUCACCAAAAGCAGUCCUUCAAUGGCGGUAAUGUACAUACAGGCACUGGUGGUAGCUUACAUGAUAUUUCAAGUAGUAAGAAAGUUAUUCUUUGGGCAACUUCGGGUUUCUGA